ACAAUCAACAGCUUCUGUUCUGUUGUGACGAUUUUCCUUUAAAUAAUAGUUUCUGUUUCCAAAAUCGUAACCCUAUUCUCCCCUCCCCCAACUGGCCACAAGCAGAAUCUCUGAUACCUCUCUCGCUUUCAGUUAACGCCUGGUCACCUGACUAUUAGGGUUUGGCUUCCUCUCCUUGUAUUUUUUGGAGAGAGUCCAUGAAAGGCUCGAACUCGGAUCUCUUCGACCCCAGAGCGGAGAUGGAGUCGGUCUAUUCACGUGGGGCUUCUUCUUCCGAUGGAGAUUUCGGUUUCGCUUUUAACGAUGUUAAUUUUUCCGACCGGCUUCUUCGGAUCGAGAUCAUGGGCGAUUCUCCUGAUAACAGGCCCGAUGGCGAGGGAUGCACUAGUAUUGCCGAUUGGGCUAGGUAUCGCAAGAGAAGGAGAGAAGAUAUCAAGAAAGACAAUGCUGUGGAGGUCUCUGUAGGAGCUGAAGAGCAAAUUUUAAGUUGUAACCAACCAGAUAUGGACGGUUUGGGCUGUGAAAAUCAAGACGAGGAAGCAGUGGCAAUGAUUGAAGAGUCACCUUCAGGUGACGAAGCACCAGAUGGUAAUGAAUCAGCCUGGAGCAUGGAUUGCUCUACAGUUGUGAGGGUUAAAACAUUACACAUCAGCUCUCCCAUUUUAGCAGCAAAAAGUCCCUUUUUCUACAAGCUCUUCUCAAAUGGGAUGAGAGAGUCAGAGCAGCGGCAUGUGACACUACGGAUCAAUGCCUCUGAGGAAGCUGCUCUCAUGGACCUUCUGAAUUUUAUGUACAGCAGUACUUUAUCUAAUACUACAGCUCCUGGCUUGCUUGAUGUGCUCAUGGCUGCUGAUAAAUUUGAGGUUGCUUCAUGCAUGAGGUAUUGCAGUCGACUACUGCGUAAUAUGGCUAUGACACCAGAGUCUGCUUUGCUUUAUCUAGAGCUUCCCUCCAGUGUCUUAAUGGCUGAAGCAGUCCAACCACUGACUGAUGCUGCCAAGCAAUACCUUGCAUCUCGUUAUAGGGACAUAAACAAGUUCCAAGAAGAUGUUAUGUCUUUACCCCUGGCUGGAAUCGAGGCAAUUUUGUCCAGUGAUGAUCUGCAGGUUGCAUCAGAAGAUGCUGUCUAUGACUUCGUGUUGAAGUGGGCCAGGACUCAGUACCCAAGACCGGAGGAGCGCCGUGAAGUCCUGGGUUCACGUCUAGCACGUUACAUUCGCUUCCCCUACAUGACUUGCAGAAAGCUUAAGAAGGUUUUAACAUGUAGCGACUUUGAGCAUGAUGUUGCAUCUAAGCUUGUGCUUGAGGCCCUUUUUUUCAAGGCUGAGGCACCGCAUCGCCAACGAAUCUUGGCAGCAGAGGAGUCUGCAUCCUUGAAUCGUCGCUUUGUGGAGCGAGCAUACAAGUAUAGGCCUGUCAAGGUGGUAGAAUUUGAACUGCCUAGGCAGCAAUGCAUGGUGUACCUGGACUUGAAGCGGGAAGAGUGUGCUAAUUUGUUCCCAUCUGGAAGGGUGUAUUCUCAGGCAUUCCACCUUGGUGGACAAGGAUUUUUCUUGUCAGCUCAUUGCAACAUGGACCAGCAAAGCUCUUUCCAUUGUUUUGGGUUGUUUUUGGGGAUGCAGGAGAAAGGGUCUGUGAGCUUUGCUGUGGAUUAUGAAUUUGCAGCCAGGACAAAGCCAACAGAAGAGUUUGUGAGCAAGUACAAAGGGAACUAUACAUUCACUGGAGGCAAGGCAGUGGGAUACCGAAACUUAUUUGCCAUACCAUGGACUUCCUUCAUGGCUGAAGACAGUCUUUACUUUAUAAACGGUGUCUUGCAUCUUAGAGCUGAGCUCACCAUCAGGCACUAACGCAACUUGCUGCUCUAGAAGCUCUAACCCUCUUGUUUUGCUUCUCAGCUUUAACGAAGUAUGAAAUGUAAUAAGUAGGGCACUAAGCACUAGCUAGUUCUGAUUGGAAAGUUGAAACAUAACUAGAUAUGUUUCCUUCUUUUCAUGGCAAUGUGUAGGGAAAUGUAAAAAAAUAGGUUGGAUCCUUGGGAGGGUAUGGGGUUCCUGUUCUGACCAGUUUAUCAUUAAAAAUGCAACUUUAGGGCCUAA